AUGCCAUAUGUUGCAGGAAUCUCCUUCAAUAGCCUCGCUCCCGGAAGCAAGGUCGCUGUUCAACUUCUUUCUAGCGAUGACAACAACUAUGCACAUACAUUCGAGGCGUCCGUGGACUCCGACCUGAAAUCAACGUUCCAGAGCAUUGCCAACGCUCUACCAGAGAAGUGCGAGCAAUUCACCCUUUCCUUACCCUCAAACAUUCGAGACGCCGAGCGCAAGGCUAUCCUUAGAGCCGCCCACACAGUCCGCAUCUUUCGAUACAUUGGGUACUCGGAAAAUAUACAGAUUGUGCAAAACGAGCUCAAGGUCGAUCCAACCCCCUUACGAAACGAAUUAGUCCUUGAAAUCACCCCCGAUGUCGCGAUCUCCAGGUUGGUUAGCACCGAGGUCGAGGAAGGAAUCCGUUCUUCAGAUCUGGCCAAGGAGAUUGUCAUCGAAAAUCCGGAGAACGCAGAUCUGCUGGCAGAACUUGUGGAACCAGCCCUGGAAACCCUUAAAACGACUCCCACCGACGCCGGCUCCGAGCUAAAACGCGUUGUGAUCGUCGGCGUAUCUCCUCUCAUCUCUCCAUUGGCUGAUAAAAUAACCUCGAAGCUGGAAGGCGUCGAGGUCAUCACGGCGUCCGAUCUGGCCAAAUACACUGCGAAGAAGGCCCUUUCCAGCUAUCACGAUUCUAUGGCAGAAAAGCUAGUAUUCAACGUUGUACCUCUCCGGGUCGGCAUUGUGAAGGCAGACGGCUACGUUGUCACCGCUUUAGCGCAAAAUGCCACCCUCCCUCAGGAAAAGUCUGUCCUUCUCACCACUUCCGAGGAUAAUCAGACCUCUGCCACGAUCAAUAUCGUCGUCGGUACCUCCCCAGUGGCCAAGGACAACACCUCAAUCGCCAAAAUUAAUCUAAGCGGUCUAAAAAGCAGAGCAAAAGGUGCCACCACUAUCAAGGUCAGCUUCUCCGUCGAAUUAGAGGGGAAGACCAUAAUCGUAGCCGAAGAAGUAGAGGAUGGAUCUCCGGUGGGUGCCAGAGCCAGCGUAGAGCUUGGAGAUGUAAUUGGAGACUUGAUUUGGGAUGAUGUCGAGGAUAUUCUAGCAGCCACUAACCCAACUUUCGAUGAGGUCGCCGUGACGGAGGCAGAAGACCUCUGGGCUGGCGAGGACGCUCAGGGAGAUUUGCCUGUGUAG